UAAACAUUCAAGAAUAUAAUAAUAUAAGUAUCGUUCCCUUUUCUCCACCUACCCAAAACUUUCUUCAACAACGGGUAGUCAAAAUUUAAGGGGAUGUUAUUUAAUUUUUGUAAGGUGGUAUCUCUUACAACUUUUUUUUUUUUGAAAGAUAAAAAAAAAAAACGUUUCUCAACCCGAUUCAAUGGCGGUACCAUGAGUUUGAUUUAAAUACUGCAGCAUCUUGCUAGUUGAAGAUGAAGUUUAUUUAUUCGGCGGAAAUUUCUACGAUGCAAUCAGAUUCAUCUUUUGUUAAAGUUGUUUUUUUUUUUCCUUACAACGACCGUAAUUUUCUUGAUUAAAUAUGGUGAGUCAUAGUUUUAUCUUCAUGAAUGAUUCUCGUUAUCAUUAAGACUUUAAAGUUUGUGUUAUUUGAAGUGUUUUUUUAAGGGUGACAACUAUAUAAGUGAUAUCACAUUGGUAAUGAUUUUAUGAUUUAUGUGCAGUUGAUAUUCAAAAUGUAAUGGAUGCAUCUGCAAGCGUUGAUCCAUCACGUCUUCCAUCAAAGUGCAAAUGAAUUUGCGUGUGUUUAUAUUUAGUUUGUAAGAAACACAAAUUAUAAAUACAACAAGAGCAAGACAACAUUUGUUUGGUAAGAACCGAGAUGAUAUACACUGCAAGAGGAAGACAAUAUUUUGUUAAUAAGAACACAAAUGAUAUACAACAAGAAGACAACAUUUGUUUGAUAGAGACACAAAUUAUAUAUACAACUAUAGGAAGAAUUAUAUGACUUUUUUAAUGUCCUAAGGCAAAAUAUCAAGAAAAUUCACAUGUAUUUUGAGUUCACAUUUUGAGUUCUUGUUGAAUUAUUAAAAUUAGGGGACAAGUUAUUAAAUGUAUGGAUUUAUUAUUAACAAUAAUUUGGCUAAAUAUAUUUUCGUUGAGAUUAUGUCUUAUGUUUAGUAGUUUUCAGUAAAAAAAAAAAAUGAGAGAGAGUACUGAGAGUUCCUGACUUUUAGGCUUUUCAACUUCCAACUAAGCAACCAUGGAUGAAGGAUGGUCUACAGUGAAGGAGAGGAACAGAAGGAGUUUAGGAGGAGGUGCAAAGUGGGACAUUCUGAAAAAGGAACAUGGAUUGAGGAAAACAUGGUAACAACAAUGUUUUUUACAGACUUUGGGGACAAUUGGAAUGCAAGAGACCUGUUUAUGGAGUUCAAGGAGCUUGGAAUGAUAGAGGAGAUUGUGAUACCUCCAAAGAGAGAUUGGAGAGGCAAACGUUUCGGAUUCGUAAGAUUUAUCAAUGCGUCUGAUGAAAAGAAUCUGGAGACUAAAAUGGACAAUGUAUGGUUAGAUGGUGUCAAACUGAAAGCUAAUAUUUCUAAGAUUAAAAGGAAAGAAGUUUUAGCAAAGGGCAGAGAAAGGAACAAGCAGACUGAAGGACUAGUAAAGGGCAGUGGAAGGAAAAUUCAUGCUGAUCAUGGCUUGGAGAACAGAGUUCCUAAUGAAUCCAUACCUGCGAAGUGGGGAGGCUCGGGUCCAUCUAAAUCUUUUUUGGAAGCCAUCACAGGAACCAAAACUAAGAUCCCUGCAGUCAACAAAGAGGCUAACAAAUCUUUUUUCUUUUCCACCUCUGAGUCAGAUUCCAACAGAUACCGUAAGGCCAAAGUCGGGGUUGCUCGAAGACCAGGACUUGCAUAUGGUGUGGCUCAGAGCCUUCUUGAAGAAGGUUUCUUUUAUAUAUCUGCGUCUGCUCUAGGCCCCAAUCUAUGCCUUCUGGAGGAGGAAAGGGAAGGUGAAUUGGCGAACCUGUUAACAGAAGGAGGAGAGUGGAAAGAUCAGUGGUUCAAAGAAGUUAGAGAUUGGAGAAAAACGGAUGCGGAAUGUGCGAGAGUGGCGUGGAUCUCUAUCUAUGGCAUACCUUGUUUUGUCAGAAACGAGAACUUCAUCAAUCUCCUUCUGGCUGACAUCGGGACUGUUGUUAAUUCCCAAUCCAUCACCGAGAAACCCAUCAGAUUGGAUGUGCUAACCCUAAUGAUUUACACAGAAUCGAUGGAACAAAUUAGAAACAAAGUUAAAGCUUGUAUUGAUGGAAACUGGUACAACUUACUGGUCAUUGAGGAUGUCUCUUUCCACAAAGAGGAGACGGAAGGCUCAUCUCGUUGCUCAAAUUCUUGUUCAGAAGAGGAAGAAGCGUUUUCUCCCAUGGGAUUACCGGACGGAGAAGAUGAAGCUUCUUAUGCUUGCCCGACUCUCAACCCUAAGCGGUACCGGAAUCCGGCUCAGCCUCCAAGCGAUAACUCCGGUGAUCAUCUCAAAUCGCCUAGGGUACAGAGCAAAUUUCUUGGUGGUGAUGGGUACGGAGUGUCAGAAGCGCAGAAGCUAGAAAGCGACAUAUCAAAAAAGAAGCAGGCCCUCUGUACAAGCAUUAAUGAUAUAAACUCUGUUUCGGAUAACCUUUUCUCAUGUUCUGGAAAGGCAACCACCACUGAUCCUAUAUCCAUGAAAACUAGCAGCAGAGGAUUGGAGAUUGUGACCUCUGAGAUUUCGCCGCUGAGAAGAAAGGAGGAUGUAGGUUUCUUACGUGUGGGACCAGCAGGUUUGGUAGCAAACGAUUCCUCACCUUACUUUAUUAAUAGAACGUUGGAGAAAUCUUUUGGGUAUGGGGUCCACACGGAAAGCCCACUUUUGAAUGACCCGGUCAAAGUUGUUAACUUAAAAGAAAAUUUUAUUAAUGACGUGGAAAAGGAGGUAGGGCCCAGCAGACUUAAUUUGAAUGAAACAGUGGAGGUGGAUUUUUCGAGCAACAGCAAGAGCACUAAAGCCGGCACUAAGAACACAACCGUUACCUCUUCUAAUUUUUCCAAGAAAAACGUUAGCUUUCAGUUGAAGAAAACGAAUUUCAUUAGGAAGAAGACAGCGGUAGGAAGCAGAAAAUUUCAAAAGUUGAGUUUUGAUGAUCAGUGCCAAAUAGUAAAGAACUCUAAAAAUACGAGGAAAAAGAUCAGGGAGGUGCUGGAUUUAGGGGAGAGAGUUCUUGAAUUUUCCCAUCCAAUUCAGAGUGGGAUUCAACAUAGAAAGAUAAUUCAACUAAGUCCUGGGUCACAAGCCAACAACAAGACCAUUUCGUUUGCCAAAAAUAAUUACCUUUCUGGAGGUAUACCUCUAACUUGUGAGUCCAUCUCAAGUUCGAAUAUUAGGAACUGCAACAGAAGAGGAGCUAACAGUGGGAGCAACAAUGCAGCAGAGGGGAUUUGGAAUUCUAUAUCAAGACUGGGGAUCAUCAACAUUUCUGAAAAUUUUGACCCGAUCAAAAGUUUGAAGGAAAUGGAGUUGAGGGAUCAUAAAGAGGAGAAGGUGGCAAAGGGGACCCAAAACCAUGCACCCCCAUGA